AUGGACCACCCUGAGCCACGGGCCUGCACAUCCCAGCUCAUCCCGCCCGCCCCGGCCUUGCUUUGCAGUGGAUGCUGGUCUUGUGCAUGGAGUCGCUAUUUUGCAGCUAGCAACGCCAUCUGGAGACUGGAGCGCUCUUCCUUAGGCGGCCUAGGCUGUGGCGGGGCCAGGGGGAUCAGCAUGGCCAGGCCUGACACGUCGCCCCGGGAUCCCCGGUCCCCCCUGACAGGCGCUGCUGGGAGCCCAGCCCUGGUGUGGGACCUGUGGUGCAGUGGCUUGGGGUUUCACAUGGCCUCUGCUGUCAGUGAGCUUGGCCAUACUGAGCCGCAGACAUUUACCCCAAAAGGACGAUUGGAUUCUACUCAGAACUCCUCCCUGCAGAGAUUGAGAGAAGACCUAGAUGUAACACUCCAUGAAAAUUAUGGCAGUGGGGAGAAAUCCUACGUAUGUCAGCAAUGUGGAAAAGGGUUCACUAAAUCUCGACAUCGUAAGCAACAUGAAAGAAUUCACACUGGAGUGAAACCAUAUGUAAGUAAGCAGUGUGGGAAAGCUUUUUACAGACAGGAAAACUGUAAAAUACAUGAAAGAAUUCACACUGGAGAGAAACCAUAUCUAUGUGAGCAAUGUGGGAAAGCUUUUAACACACGUGCACAAUGUAAGGUUCAUAAAAGAAUUCACACUGGAGUGAAACCAUAUGUAUGUAAGGAAUGUGGGAAAGCUUUUAACACAUGGGCAAAUUGUAGAAUACAUGAAAGAAUUCACACUGGAGAGAAACCAUAUUCAUGUGAGCAAUGUGGGAAAGCUUUUAACACACGUGCACAAUGUAAGGUUCAUGAAAGAAUUCACACUGGAGUGAAACCAUAUGUAUGUAAGGAAUGUGGGAAAGCUUUUAACACAUGGGCAAAUUGUAAAAUACAUGAAAGAAUUCACACUGGAGAGAAACCCUAUGUAUGUAAGCAAUGUGGGACAGCUUUUAACACAUGGGGAGAUUUUAAGAACCAUGAAAGAAUUCACACUGGAGAGAAACCCUAUGUAUGUAAGGAAUGUGGGAAAGCUUUUAACAGACGGGCAAACUGUAAAAUACAUGAAAGAAUUCACACUGGAGAGAAACCCUAUGUAUGUAAGCAAUGUGGGACAGCUUUUAACACACGGGGAGAUUUUAAGAAACAUGAAAGAAUUCACACUGGAGAGAAACCCUAUGUAUGUAAGGAAUGUGGGAAAGCUUUUAACAGACGGGCAAACUGUAAAAUACAUGAAAGAAUUCACACUGGAGAGAAACCCUAUGUAUGUAAGGAAUGUGGGAAAGCUUUUAACACAUUGGCAAAUUGUAAAAUACAUGAAAGAAUUCACACUGGAGAGAAACCAUAUUCAUGUGAGCAAUGUGGGACAGCUUUUAACACACGGGGAGAUUUUAAGAAACAUGAAAGAAUUCACACUGGAAAGAAACCCUAUGUAUGUAAGGAAUGUGGGAAAGCUUUUAACACAUGGGCAAAUUGUAAAAUACAUGAAAGAAUUCACACUGGAGAGAAACCCUAUGUAUGUAAGCAAUGUGGGACAGCUUUUAACACAUGGGGAGAUUUUAAGAAACAUGAAAGAAUUCACACUGGAGAGAAACCCUAUGCAUGUAAGGAAUGUGGGAAAGCUUUUAACAGACAGGCAAACUGUAAAAUACAUGAAAGAAUUCACACUGGAGAGAAACCCUAUGUAUGUAAGCAAUGUGGGAAAGCUUUUACCCAACAUGGACAUUGUAAGCAACAUGAAAGUUCACACUCAAGGUAGAACCAGUGUAUAUAAGCAUCAUGAGAAUUUUUUGAGCACAAGUACAUAUUGCAUAAUGAAUGAAAAACUUCACACUGGGCAGAAAACUUAUAUAUGUAAGGAAU